UCCCCAUUACUAUGUCCCCGUUCCCAUUCCCACCCUCUUCUACAUGGGUUUUCUCUCUGGUUCCCUCCACAGAAUAGCUUGUCGCCUUUUCUUUCCUGUAUGUCUCCAUAACCCUCAGGGACGAAUUGAACGCUUCGUCCUCGUGUUCCCUCAAUGCAGUUCUCGUUUCACCAUCUUCAAUCUCCCCCCGAACCACAACAAUCGCUAGUCCGCCUUCUUGGAUAUCAGAGGCAAAAGCCACUAUCAUGAAGAACAUCCUUAGCGUUGUUGCCGCCAUGAUGCUGCUGGCACGCGGUGCGGCGGCGGCGGAUAACUGCGCGAGCGUGGCUGUCACCGCGAUCCCGUCCUGCGCCCAGAGCUGUUUCCUCGAGGGCGCAUCGUUUGUCGGCUGCGACGGUCUCGACUUCGCCUGCCAGUGCGGAAAAGAGGCUGCUCUCUAUGCCGCUAUCGAGCCCUGCGUCGCCACCGGAUGCCCUGCUGCAUCGAUCCAGGCUGUCAUCAACGGAGCAUCAUCCGUAUGCGGUUGUGCUGGCGCAGGUCAGGUCGCCGGGCAGACUGUCUCUGGAUCCUUCAUCUCCGCCAUCUCGGGCUCUGCAAUCGGAUCAUCGUUUGCUACGGCCUCAGCGACGCCCUCGGGGCUUGCUGGAGGGUUUCCCUCGGCUUCGCCCACGCAAGGUGAUGGUGGUGGUGGUGGCGGAUGGAAUCCUCCGCCCACGACCAGCCCUUUCUCGACGUCGUCGCCUGUCAAUGCCGCCGGCCGCCAAUGUUAUUCCAAGCUUGGUAUUCUUUCUAUCGUCGUUACAAUGGCUGUAUAUGCCGUCGUCUGACCUUGGGCGCGGUAUUUACUAAUGUGUUUUCCCGGGAGCUGACCUCCGGAAAUGAAACGAAACAAACAUCACACGACAAAUGGAUCUGAUCGGCUUUCCACUUCUAAAGCAUCACUUUUACAUCACGAUUUAUGGACGGAUAUACCCAGAGGCCGGCGACCUACAUACUCAGCCCGACUCUUCUUCUACCGGUUGCCCUCAGAUGAUUCCAACCAGGACGAUCACUAUCUACCUGACACCAGAACUGCAAUAAACGCACCCCGUUUGAACAGUUUAGCUGGUAGUUUGGAUCGUUCUUAUCGUCUUUGAGCCUAUUUGUUUAAUCUUAAUUAUUGAACAUGCAAAUCUUCAACUUGAAGGCCUUCAUCCGCCUUAUGGUGGCACGAUUUUGCUACCUAAGCGAGCCAUGGACCAGCCAUUAAAAGAGCACAAUGAUAGGCACAAUUCCACUCCUUUGAAAUAUUAACAAGACUUGCAAGUUCAUA